AUGGUAGCAACCAGUGGGUUAUAUGGUUCACUGAGAAAAGAUGUGAACAGCCAGCCCCCAUCAGAGAAGCUCCUGGAACUCAGAAGAGAGAAGCCAAAAUCUCAUGUGCAGCGAGAGUGGCUCUGGAUGAUUAUUGUUCCAGGACGCCCAGAUCACAACGUGGCACGAGCUGCGGUGGCACUGCAGCAGGGGCUCCAGCUUGCUGAAGAAUUACAAGUGACUUUCAGAGGUCAUCUAGAAGACAUCGCUUCUGUUUCAAGUGUCCUUGGAGCUCCCUUUCGGACUGAAGAGUCACCAAAUCAAUUCAUAUGGCUCAAACGACACAUACCAUAUUCUCCAAGCUACUGGGACUCAAGCAGCAGCCAGAACACGUGGGGAUACACUGUGGCUGAACAGAUUAGUGAAACAUUGACAGCUUUGAGAGAAACAGCACAAUACUACAUGGGCUUGGACCCUUUUGCCUUUGAUCCCUCGAUAGCCGUCAACAACAUCAGAUCCUACAUGGAGCUACUACAGAAGUCUGGGACUCACCUCCAGCAAAAAACUAUUAAAUCCUAUACAUCUUGUAUCUGGCCAUCUUAG